GACACAAGUGCUCUGCUAGCUAAGGCAAAUUUUCCUGGUAUUCGUUCCUUAACAACGUUUCUUAGGACAAAUCUCUCUGUCGCUUUUCUCUGCUUCAGUUUCUCCAAUUUUUCCGAUGUCGGUGUCAGCGUCUUCUAAAUAAUACUUCUGGGAUUCAUCCGCCCUCAAGUUCAGUGAGCACAUCUGAACGAAGCCACCAUGAGUUUGAUCAACACGGUGUUACCGCUGCUAAAAGAUCUGUGGGCAGACUGGGGGAUUCAUUUCUUGGUCAGCGCAAGCAUUGCCUGCGAGAUUUUUCUCACAAUAUUAGGCAUCCGUCGGAAAUAUAUGACGUUUAAGUUAGCUAGAUUCAUUACCUGGGCCACCUAUUUGCUCCUUUCUUACAUUGCGAAAAUUGCGCUGGGCAAGCUUACUGUGGUCCGCAUCAAUGAUCCUGAAAAUCCAAGAUACAAUGUGGAAUUGGAAGGGUUGUUUGCCCCAGUGCUUCUUAUGCAACUUGGGUACCCAGACGGCAUAAUGGCCUAUGCAGUGGAAGAUAACCGGCUAGGAAUGAGACAGAUUCUGAACAUUGGGGCUACAGUUGUCUUCGUGGUUCGUAUUCUCAUUCGCUGUCAGGACGGCUCGUCCCCUGUCUCAUGGCUGUACAUCCCCUUGUUCAUUGCCAGAUUCAUGAAGGCGGCGUUGUGGGUCUGGGCUCUCAAAUCGGUGUAUGAUGAGAACUCAAUUUUGAACGCCGAGCACUUUCCCAAAGUAGACACCAAGGAAGUCAGGGAAGACAGUGCUCAGCUUGAAGUGUUCCCCGAGGACAAGAAGUUCAACUCCGCAAAGGACAUCUUGAAGGCCUACUUUCGGUUCGACUGUCUAAAGCCCCACCUCGUGAAUUGGCAAUACCACCCUGUGUUCAUAUCCCACGAUUGGAUGUCCAUCGACAGUUACCCUGCCAACCGUGCUUUCACCGUGAACAAGAUCGAGCUGAACUUCAUGUUCGACGUGCUCUACACUAAAGCACCCAUCCUGUACACGAAACGCGGCAUCAUAGCCCGCUUCGUCGGCUUCUUCUGCUUGGUGUCUGCCUUGUGUAGAUUCGCCGUGAUCUUCAAGAACACCUUCUUGAUCGAUAUGUACAUCACCACUACCUAUGCGUUACUGAUGGCAGUCACAUCUCUUGAGUUUUAUCAGAUCACAACGUUGGCAUUUACGGAUUGGGCAGUCGUGGUGAUGGGUAAGAACCUUGGGAUGCCGCUCUUCUCAAGGCUCGUCUCAAGGCUUCUCCCGUUUCUGGCUGAUCGGUGCAUGAGGAAGAAAAGAUGGUCAAGGUCGAUGGGGCAGCUCAGUUUGUUAAAACACUGCCUCGCAUACCAAGAAAGGACAAAGCCUGUCCGCUUGGUACUUCAUUGGUUUGGUACGUGCAAGCUCGUCCGCUUGGUACUUGAUUGGUUUGGUAAGCGGGAGAUCUACAGUUGGCAUUGGUUACACUCCCGCCAGCCCAUGCCCUCGUCCCUCAGGGCGCUGGUACUACAAAAGAUGGCGGAGCUCGAGAAGAAAAGAGAUUCCCGUGACUUCACGGAAAGAGGCAAGUGGACGCUCGAGAUUCAUGGCGUCCAAGAGAAACAAAGACUGAGCCGUAGCAUCGAGGCAAAAUUUGCUAAGAGCAUCAUUAUCUGGCACAUCGCAACUGAAGUCCUGCAAUCAUUGGAAAUCGAAAAAUCCGAUGCUUGCGGAGGAAGCAAAUUCCUAUCAGAGUACAUGAUGUACCUCCUUGCUCAGCAUCCUCACAUGCUGUCCCUCCCCACCGCCAACAUCACUUUGGAGUACGCUUGUUGCACAGUGAUGCCUUUCUUGAGGUACCGAGACUAUGAAGAAGCAAUGAGCACGCUCUCGUCGAUGGAUGGAUUUGUCCCACUUCACGUGGAACCGGGUGCGGCGACGAGAGUCCACUGUGGCUGGCACGUGCUGUUGGACGUGCACGAGCUCGUGGCCGACCUGAGGACGAUGGGCAAUAAGUGGGAGCUCAUAAGCAGCAUCUGGGUGGAGAUGCUGUGUUAUGCAGUAGACAAGUGUCCUGUGUAUCACCACGCCAAGCGACUGAGAAGAGGAGGUGAGCUCAUCACUCAUCUGUGGCUCCUCUUGGCUCACAAGACCGACAAGUUCCCUUAUGAAAAUCCUGAGGCUUGCCUCGACUUCCCCGAAGUCUCCCUACUCGGAAAAAGGUUCUUCUAGUUGCUUCCCGAGGACUUUGGGGAAGAGAGAUGGCACAACUUUGUAUGACAAUAAAAUAUUCAGUGUUGCAAAGCAUCACAUCAAUCGUUGAUGUGGCGCGCAUUUUUACUCAUAUCCAAUAAUAGAUUGACACGUAUUUGUUAAGUUGGAAUAAAAAAAUAAAAGAUGAUUUUUCUCAUCUUCCUCCUCUCCUCAUCGGACCUACAACGUGUGACGGCGGUGCUUGUCGAGAAACUAU